AUGGCUGGUUUUCUGGCGUUGCAAUGGCUGGAAUCCUGGGGAUUGGGCAAUGUUCUGGUGUGUACGGAUAGUGAACUUCUGGUUAAGGGACUCUUGGGGAAGAUGAUGGAUCAGCACACUUUCAAUAUGAUCCUUCGAAACCUAACCCAAUUAAGAGAACUACACCUUGAUUGGUUGAAUAUCUCUUCACCUUUACCUCAUGCUUUGCUAAAUCUAUCUUAUUUGACAUCUCUCAGUCAUGGUUAUUGUCUACUGCAUGGGAAAUUCUCAGAUAACAUUUUUCACUUUCCAAACCUACGAGAACUCAAACUACAGCAAAAUUCGGAACUCACAGGUAAACUUCCAAACUUCAAUGUGACUAGUUCCCUACAGUUUCUUGAUCUCUCCGAGAUAAGUUUUUCUGGCCAAUUGCCUAACUCAAGCAGCAAUCUUAAAGCCUUGAAUAUUUUGUACCUCUUUAACUGCAACUUUUCGGGGUCCAUUCUAGCUUCUAUUGGGAACCUUACACAAAUCACCAAUCUAGGCUUCACGGAUAACAGUGUCGGCGGUCAAAUCCCCUCAUCAAUUUCAAACCUUGUAAAGCUUAAUGGCUUGUAUCUUGACGGAAACAAUUUGAACGGACAAAUACCAGAUUCCCUUGGCAACAUGAGCCAACUUACUGACUUGUUUCUUUCUAGAAAUCAGCUAACUGAGCGUCUUCCAUGGAAGAAUCUAUGGUAUAUUGACCCGCACUCCAACUUACUCCAAGGACCACUCCCUGUUCCACCUAACACCAUAAUUGUUUUCUCUAUCUCAAACAAUAAAUUAAGCGGGGAAAUCCCUCCAUUGAUUUGCGGUCUGAGUUCACUUCUAGUUCUUGAUCUGUCUAAUAAUAGCUUGAGUGGCUUGAUUCCACAAUGUUUGGGAAACUUGAGCAACAGUCUCUCGGUGCUGAAUUUAGGGAUCAAUAGCUUUUCUGGCACCUUUGCUGCAACAUUUACCAAAGGCAAUUUGCUAAGGAAUCUUAACUUGAAUGGCAACCAAAUUGAAGGACAAGUUCCGCGAUCUUUGCUCAAUUGUGAAUACUUGGAAGUUCUAGAUCUUGGAAAAAACAAGAUAAACGAUACAUUCCCCCACUGGUUGAAAACUCUUACAGAAUUGCAGGUUCUUGUCUUGAGGUUUAAGAGGUAUCAUGGUCACAUAGGCACCUUUAAGACCAAGAGCAAACAUCCGUUCCCUAAGUUGAGAAUUAUCGACAUAUCUUACAAUGAGUUCACUGGGCUUUUGCCAACAAACUAUAUCAAACAAUUUGAAGCUAUGACGAAUGUGGAUGGACAUGAAUUGAAAUUGAAAUACAUGGGUGAAUACUAUUAUCAAGAUUCUGUGGUGGUACUGAUGAAAGGAUAUGAAAUUGAAUAUUCAAGAAUCUUAACAGUCUUCUCAAUCAUUGAUUUAUCAAGCAACAAAUUCCAAGGAGAGAUUCCGAAAUCCAUUGAGAAGCUUAAUUCGCUUCGAGGUCUUAACUUAUCUCAUAACAACCUUACAGGCCAUAUCCCAACUUCACUUAGAAAGUUAACAAACCUUGAAUUAUUGGACCUUUCCUCAAAUGAGUUUGUUGGGAAGAUCCCGUAG